UUCACUCCCACCAAAUUGUGUAUAUUUUUUCCAAACUCUCCUUCCAUGAAAACCCCUCAAACAAUAAUAAACAAACCACCGACCGAAUCAUCAACCAUCAUUCAUCAUCACAACAAGAAUCUUUCAACCUUCUCAGAACUCCCAUUCUCCCCUUUCCCAACUCAAAACCAAAACCUUAAAUCACAAACAAACUAUCCCCAUUGACCACAAUCCUAUGAUCAUGUCUCCACUCCCUUCCGACCAAAUCAAACAACUAAAAGACAUCUUCACCCGAUUCGACAUGAACUCAGACGGCAGCCUAACCCAUCUCGAGCUAGCCGCCCUCUUAAGGUCCAUCGGGCUCAAGCCACAAGGUGACCAGAUCCACGCCUUGUUAGCCAGCAUGGACUCAAACGGAAACGGGUCCAUCGAGUUCGAAGAACUAUUAGAAGUGCUUUUACCUGAUCUGAACGAGGAGGUUUUGAUCAACCAUGAUCAACUUAUGGAGGUUUUUCGGUCGUUUGACAAAGAUGGAAACGGCUACAUCACCGCAGCUGAGCUAGCCGGGCAGAUGGCUAAAAUGGGUCAGCCGUUGUCGUACAAAGAGCUUACGGAGAUGAUGCGUGAAGCGGAUGCUAAUGGUGAUGGGGUUAUUAGUUUUAGCGAGUUUACGGCCAUUUUGGGGAGAUCUGCGGCAGGUAUUUUUGGGGUCACGGCGGCGUAGAUUGGUUGAAUUGUGUCGUUGUCAUGGAAGUUGACAAUUAAUGUGAUUGGGUUGAUUAGUUCUUGUUGACUUGUUCUACUUUGUUAGAUGAAGAAAAUGUAUGGUUGUAGUUUUUAACUUUUUAUUGUUUAGAUGUUGAUAAAGAUAAUUUCUUUAGUUGAAUGUUUAUAUUUUUGUAAUUGUAUCAACAAAGAUUUUUAGUGCUGUUUUUAGUUGAUUAAUUAGUUGAUUAAUUAACAGUAAUGAUCAGUUUAAAGUUCA